AUGUACAUCUCUCACGUCGUGGCUUGCGGACUCUUCCUCGCCCUGCUCGCCCUGGCGCUGGAGGCGAAGCCGGCUCCCCAGAACCUGCAGAAGGUAAGGCGGCGCGGGGAGAUUCGACGGGAAAGGUCCCGGGCUGCCUCUUCGUCGGGGGCGAUCCCUGGAAGCUUCGGGACUGGGAGGGAAAGGAUAGACGGACGGGUAGAUUCGGGAUGAGGUGAGGAGAGGUGGCUGGAAAGGAACAGAAGCGAGGUCUGCCGGAGUCCUCACAGAAACCUUAAUCCGGAUUAAGUUGCCCCGCUUUCUGGGGUGGUUGGCUGAAAGAGUGGCUGUCGUCUCCUGCCUUAAAGCCGGUUGACGGGUAGAGCUGACGUCCGGAUAACUUUCUGGAGUCAGCGGGCGCGCUCUUGCCUGGGCUGUAGAAGCGGGAUCCCUCUCGCCCGCGUACCCCUGCCUCUUGCAUCCCCGACGGGGCGGACGGUCCAGCCCGGGGUGGCUUCUGCUGGGAGUGGGGCAGGAAGGGCUGAAUGAGAGGGACGCCCCUCACUCUCUCCGCCAUCCUCCUUUCAGGCCGGGUAGGUGGGUCGGCGACUCCAGCUGCCGCCGGCUGCUCUCCAUCGCCCCGUGGUGCUGAGAGGGAGAGGGGAGGGCGCCCAGGCAAGCGGCGACGGGGCGGCUUCCGAGCUCCGUGCCCGCGGAGAGGAGCCUCUCCUUGGGGUGAGGCGCUAGGGAAAUAGAGCGGAAGAUUCGACACCCCCUAGAAGGAGAAGCAGACGGGGCGGGGAGCUGGGAGACCCACGGGCGCCCGCGCGCGCCUUCGGAGGGGAAGCGCUGAAGGCGGACCAAAGGUGGGUGUUUUGUGGAGAUCUGAGGGCUGAUAGUGGAAACGGGGAGGGGUCCUUGUCCCUGGCGGAGGAGAGAGAAAAGGAAGGGGGAGCUUUCCUGGAGGAGACCCCCAGUUCUCUUCACCGGCCAAGCAGGCGCUGAGAUUCCUGCAUCGCUGGGGGUUGGACUGGAUGACCCUCGGGGUCCCUUCCAACUCUACGAUUCCAUGAACCAUUCUCCCAAGUGAAACUCUAGGCUACUUUGUAUCGGGUCGGGGAGGUCUGAUCUGGGGAGAUCUGAUCCCAAGAAAAACCUCUUCUUACCGGCAUUUCCUCCUCGCCCCUCCAGCCCCCUCCCACUCCGCGUGGUCGUUUCUCUUUCUUCUCUCCGAAUAAACUUGUGACCCGGACAGUCCUCUUGGCCUGUGGCUGAGGUGGCGAGGUGGGCUUGACAAAUGGGCAGGACGGCCGGAUGCCACCUGCCCAAUUCACCGCCCCCGCCAGUCCUCCCAGUCCCCAGGACGGGGGAUAUUCCUCGAGGGGACUCCCUGGGGUGGCAGGAAUCUCCUCCUGUUGGGGUGCGCAAGUGCGUCCUGAUGGGAGCCCCGUUCUCACCCGCACCGACCCGGCCCUCCUCCUCCUGCCAUCGCUCUCCCCGCAGCCCGAGGUUCCUCGAGGGGGCGGCCAGGCUGAGCCGAGUGGAGAAACCAUCUGGGCUGUUAUUUCCUCCUGCUGCAGUGGGGCCGCCCUGCCCCUCCUUCCCUCCACUUGCGCCCCCAUCCAGCACCCCGCUAACCCCUCUAUCUCGCUUCCUCCGCUCAGGGUCCGUCGGGCAGCUUGGCGGCGCUGGGGCGCGAACUGGCGGAGCUGCUAGAGGCGUCGUCGGGGCCCGCGGCGGGCGGUGCGCGGAGCGGCGGAGGAAAGCAGGGCUCCUCGUCGCAGCAGAAGGGCAAAGGCUCGUCGUCGUCGAGGCUCAUGCGGGACCUGCGCACCGACACCAAGCAGUCGCGGGCCACCUGGGCGCGGGGGGCGCACCCGGAGCACCACGCCGGCGGAGGAGGAGGAGGCGGCGGCGGAGGGUCGCGGCGCUUCAAAAGCCCCUCCAAGAAGGGCUCCACCAAGAACUGCUUCGGCCUCAAGCUGGACCGCAUCGGCACCAUUAGCGGCCUGGGCUGCUGAGCCGUCGAGGGCGGCCUGCGGGCGACACCUAGCGGCGGUGAGUAGACAGCGCGCGCUGCCGUCCAUCCCAAGCCCAGACGGCGCUGGUUUUAACGCUAGCGCAAAAGUGAGAGCGCUCUAACCUUCAGCGCCUGAAACCCCCUCCUUGUCUGUCUGUCUGUCUGUCUGUCUGUGCGUUUCACUUGUACCCCACCUUUUCCUCCCAGUAGCUCGAGGGGGCGCACGUGGUUCUCACCUUCCUUCUUCACGCAGCAGCCCGUAGUUAAUCUACAGAACUCCUUCCCACAGGAGGCAGUGAUAUCAGAGGAGAAUUUAGAGCAGCACUCCCAGCUCUGCCACACUGGGCACGGAGCCCUGGUGAUAUGGGGGUCUUUGCCCCUCCCCUAAAAUAUUUGAGUGGACCAGGCUGCCCCUAAGUUGAAGGGCAUCGUCAUUCGAAUGGUGCGCACACACUGCGUCAUGUGAUCAGUUCUGCGCAGCGGGGCUUCCCUGUCCCCCCCUCAAUAUUUUAUUCAAGUUGGCACCCCUGGCACGGAACCUCAGGCAUGGCAAUGCGCAGGGCGCCGCUGAAAUUUGAGAGGUCUGCCAUUGGCAGUGGCCACCAACUGGGGCAGACUCUUUGGUCAUCUUUCCUAAUAUAGCGCCCUGUGCGAGGCCAACAUUUGGCACCCCCAAACUGAUCUUCUCAGCUAGGGAUCUUCUCAAUUGGUUGCCCCCUUCACUCCGUGCCCUGUGCAGCAGAACUGCCCACACAGCCCUCAAUCUGGUGCUGGCACCAACCUAAAUGUGAGAGAGGGUUGGACAAUUUCAUGAGGAGAGGGCUAUUGAGAGCUACUAGCCACAAUGGUUAUGUGCUGCCUCCAAGUUCAGAGGCAGAAAUGCUACCAAAUACCAAUUGCUGGAAACCACAGCAAGGGAGCGUUUCCCUUGUGCUUGAAUCCAGACAAACUAUUCUUUGAAAGCACUGCUGCCUGCAGCUGUGGAGGGAGAGCCUAGUCGCCCUGGCUAGUCGCCCUUGAUGGCCCUCUAGUGAGGUAGGAGAGCUGGAAAUAAUGCCCAUCUAUUUCACAUCUGGCAACCAAUGUGCCUCUUUGGUUUCAGACAGCACAUGGGUAGAAGAGUCCAAAAAGCCUGGGACACAAAUUUUCAUAGCCAUUUAGCAGCUAUGGUGGUUCGUUGACCGGAAGUAAUAUAUUGAAAGUUAAUUCUGGAAAAAAAUUCCUUCCAGUAGCAUCUUGGAGACCAACUAAGUUUGUUAUUGGUAUGAGCUUUCAUGUGCAUGCACAGAUACACAGAACUGUGCAUGCACACGAAAGCUCAUACCUGAAGAAUAUGUGUAUCUGAAGAAGUGUGCAUGCACACGAAAGCUCAUAGCAAUAACAAACUUAGUUGGUCUCUAAGGUGCUACUGGAAGGAAUUUUUGUUUCUUUGUUUCGACUACAGCGGACCAACACGGCUACCUACCUGUAACUACCGUAAUUCUGGAAGUGUUUACUUGAUUCUGACCAAACUAAGCCUCCUUGGUUGCCAGAUCUGUUUCCACACCCCCACCCCCAGCUCUCCCACCCCACCCGUCUCUUGCAUGAAUUUGCCAUAAAUCAAACAUGCAAGUAUGUGGCGCUUUUGAGUUCUCAAAGCACUUUUUAUGUCCGGAUAAUAUUGAAAACCAGCCUUUAAGUUAGGCCGGGGUUAUUGUUCCCACUUUGGAGGCAGGACUGAGGCCGAAAGAUAGAAGCUUAGCUAAGGCCACAUAGCGGGUUCUUGGUAAAUGUGAGAUUCGAACAGGAGACUUCUUUUCUUUUUAAAAAGGCUUACACAAUGUAGCCCCAACACUAUUUCCACAAGACUGGUGCACUGUCCCCAAAUCCACCCCUCUGACGUGAGUGUGUAUAAUAAUUUGGGGCAUUGAAGAAGAACAUUUGUGCAAAUUAUUCCUUAAAGGCAAGUGCAUAAAUUAUCUGCAGGGGUCCGAGAGGCAGACCACAAAAUAACUAAAUAUUUUGCUCGGAGGCCGAAACAGUGAGGGUUUGGGGUGUGGAGCAGUCAGAAAUGCCUCAGAUCCAAAACUGGCCAGCCCCCCACAUGCGCGGAGCAGGGCGCUGUUUUUCCUGAAGACAGCCCUCAGAUUUGGCUCACACCUGCUUCCUCUCAAAUUAGGCGCUGCGAAUAAUUAUAGUUAUUCCUAUAGUUAGGCCUUCAAACAAUCCAAAGGGUAUUUUUUGGGGAGGGCUCCUUAUUUAUUUAUACAUCCCCCGUGCUGCCUUGCAGAGAGCCUCCUGCCUGCUGCCGGCAUAGCAAAGAUGGCCAAGGCACCUGCUGAGAGCCGAAAACUAAAAUAGGAGGCUGGAGAGGCCCAGUUCCAGACAGCAUAUGGGUCAGUGUCAAGGUUGUCAUACACAGUGGUGACUGGUGCCCAUUGCGACCGGUAGGGCAGAAGGAAGGGAGGCUGCCAGUAGGUGGCGGCAGAGCCAACUCAGUCUGGUUGUAAGAAGGAAGAUGGGCAGGUAAGGGCUGUCUGAGGGCAGAGCCCCUGGUACGUUUCCCCAACGUACCAGGCUCCCCAUGUCAUACAGCCGCUUCCCCAGUGAAGAUCCAGCUGGGCAGAGGUUUGGAAAGGUGUCUGACGUGUGCCCACAGCUUCCCUCCGAUCCAGCUGCCCAUUGAAAUUAAUCAUAGAGUUGGAAGGAACCGUGAGGGUCAUCUAGUCCAACCCCCUGAAAGGAAUAUUUUGCCCAGCAUGGGGCUCAAACCCAAGACCCUGAGGUUAAGCAACUCAUGCCCAACCAACUGAGCUAAACUCCGUGUAGAAACUGCUUGCCCUCUCACCCUCUUUUAAAGCUACCUGGGUCGGUGGCUUCCAGUGGCAGGGAGUUCCAUUGUUUAACUACACACUCAGAACAUUUGUUUGCACCGAGGAUGCUAGAUUUCCCUCUGAACUUCUUGCACAGGCUAUUUGUGUGGCCUUGGGAAUGCUGUUCACGGGGCACAGGAAGCGAAGUUUUAGCAGAGCUGUUUUAAACCGGGGUGUUCACUGUUAGCGGACGGAGCUCUGAAGCCUUGAAGCCAUGUGAGGUGGGGGUCUCUGAAGAGGGGGGGGGAACCAACUGUAGCGGAGGGGCCCACUACAAUUCACUGCAAAGUUUAGUGCAGACCCCCUUUGAAACGAGCUGGAGCUGAUCUGCAGGAGAGACUAGCAGGUCGUGGGGGACACGUCCAAGUGUCUCUUGAGGUUGCCAGCUGGCCACAGGAACGUGCCAGGUUUGGGCAGAUGCUCUGCCCGUAACGCUUGCAGCAUCCAAUCCCUGUGAAAGGGAGGGUUGCAGAAGGCGAAGGCAGUAGCAGCAGUGGCAUCUAUGGUGCUGAAAAGGAGGGGAAUUCAGGGCCACAGUCACCACGUCUGAGAGUGGGGCUGGCGAGGCCAGGGAGCUGGCUAGUGGGGAACCACAGAAUUACAGUGUUGUAAGGGAUGUAAGGGAUGCGGGUGGCCCUGUGGGUUAAACCACAGAGCCCAGGACUUGCUGAUCAGAAGGUUGGCAGUUCGAAUCCCCGCGACAGGCUGAGCUCCCGUUGCUCGGUCCCUGCUCCUGCCAACCUAGCAGUUCGAAAGCACGUCAAAGUGCAAGUAGAUAAAUAGGUACCGCUCCGGCAGGAAGGUAAACGGCGUUUCCGUGUGCUGCUCUGGUUCGCCAGAAGCGGCUUAGUCAUGCCGGCCACAUGACCUGGAAGCUGUACACCGGCUCCCUCGGCCAAUAAAGCGAGAUGAGCACCGCAACCCCAGAGUCGGCCAUGACUGGACCUAAUGGUCAGGGGUCCCUUUACCUUUAAGGGAUGCAGAGGAUCAUCUAUCCCAACAGGCAAGUGGCCCAGAGGGGCAGCCAAACAGCCCCACUUGGCUGAAAGGGUGCCACAGGCCUUGCUCUGGAGGAGCUGCUUGACCAGCCAGGCCUGCUGCAUGGUCAAAACUCCCUGUCGUUUCCUCCUCUAGUUGGCAGCCCUGGUGGGGCAGUGGAGGGACAGUAUGAGGAAAGUAGUGCUCAUCCUGCACAGAUUCUGGUUUCAGCAGCCUGCUAUCUGGUAGCUUGGCAGGACCUCAGCAACAUCAAGGCAAGGGUUAAAGGCCACAGGGAUGCCCACCACAAAGGGGGGGUUAUAGCCCAAGCCAGAGGUUCCCUCUGGAGCAGGGACUGCACAGCUGGGACUAUGGGCAUCCCAGCCAGUUCCUGGAGCAAGUGGUUUGAUAGCUGGGUUACGUAGUAAUGGACAGGAGGAACUCCCCUGCCCAUCAGCGCUGCCUCCUGGCUCAUUCAAAGGCCACAGCCAUUGAUGCCUUUGGGAUAACUGGUUUUGCAGCAGUGGGGUUUUCUCCUCUUGUUACCCCAGGGAGCCUGUGGACCCAACCAUCAGUGCCCAGUGCCAAAGGCGUCUCCUCGGGGAAAGCCCACGUUCCUAGGGGAACCCACCGGGGAUGGAUCAUGGGGAGUGGCUCCACCUCCUCUUCAGAGCUGCAGAGGAUUCUUAGCAUAAAUGGCGAGGCAUCCAUGCAAUGGGAUCCGUUGUGUACAGAGUGAUCAAGCCACAACUGCUGUGCAGCCAAGAACCCCUCUGUCUGUGCUGCUGGUCCGGGAGAAGGGUGUGCAAGCAACAGGUUCCUUUCCAGCUAGGGCUGUUCGCACGACCCCUUUGAACCCAGGGCCGGGGGCAAAUUCCCCUGCUCCUGCUGAGCACUGGCUGCAAACAACACCACAUUGAUGGUUUCCCCAGAGCUGCCCCUCUCUCCACCAGGAGCUCAGCCUCCCUCCUCCAGCCCUCUUGCGCAGAUAUGCAUUCCCAGGCAUCGGCAGCAGGUUUACUAGGAAACCGUGAAAAGCGCCCAGGCCAGGGGCUCAUUAUGAGGGUUCAGAUGGAUGGGCGAGCGGCUCUCACUUGCUCAUUUCGAGAAGACAAGCGCAGCUGAGGUUGCAGAUCGCCCCAUGCUGUUUCGGCUGCUCCAAGUCUCUCCCCUUGCUGUGUUUUUCUUAUGUAGAGACAGACACAUUGAGGGGGGCGCCAGUGCAUUGCCAGAGGACACAGAGCUUCAGGAUGUGUGCCUAUGCCAAUUUAUAUGCUUAGGUGCCAGCUUAGACACAGUUGCUGUAAGAGACAGUGUCAUCUAGUGGUUAGAGCAGGGGUCAGCAAACUUACCGCACCUCAGGCUGGUGUCUCCAGCGCUGAUCAUGUGGUGGGCCGGAGGGUGGGGGAGCACGUGCCCAUACGCGUGCGCACACACGCUAUUUCUGGUGCACUUCCAGGUCAGAGGAGCACUGGAAAUAGCUUAUGCACAUGUGCAUGGGCCUCCUCCGACCCGGAUGUGCACCGGAAAUAAUGCUUGUGCAUGUACAAAUAAUGCUUGCGCUUGCGCAAAUAACACUUGUGCGUGUGCACAAGCUAUUUCCGGUGUUCCUCUGACCCGGAAGUGGGCAGCCGUGCAGUGCAGUGCAGUGCAGUGCAGUGCCGGUAAGAGCGGGCGGCGGGGGUCACUGUGGGCCAGAUAAACAAGUCCCUCGGGCCUUAUCCGGCCCGCAGGCCUUAGUUUGGGGAGCCCUGGGUUAGAGCAAAAGAGGCAGUGCCACAUAGUGGUUAGAAUGUCGGACCGAGUCCUGGGAGAGACUGGGGUUCAAACCCCCACUUGGCCACAAAGCUCACUGGGUGACCUUGGGUGCCAGUCUCAUUCUCUCAGCCUGUCCUAUGCCACAGGGUUGUUGUGGGGAGAAAAUAUGGGAGAAGGUGGGGAGACCCAUGCACACCACUUUGAGCACUUGGGCAAAAGGCUGUGAUAUACAUGUAACAGACAGAUAGAUAGAUAUACUUCUCAGCAUAGUUGGGAAGACUGAGCAGAUCUUCUGGCUCAGCCUGUAUCUUCUCCAACUGGCGACUUGCCCCUGCUCUCCCUUUGCAGGCUUCUUUGAAUUUAACCUGGGCUUGGACUGGCCAGCCCUUCCCCAGAGAGGAAGCUUCCAAAAAGUGCAGCAAAGUAGCCGGGCUGCUUCCUUGGCUCAAAGGCAGAUGAUUAAUCAACUUAAAGGAACAUCUCUUGCGGGGCAAUCCUAUGGCAAGAUCUGCUGGGUUAAGCAGUUUAAGAUGCACUGGAUAUCUGACUGAGCCAAAGAUAAACCAGCAUAAUUUGCUCAUGCUCAGCAGGGGCUCAGGCUGAGGCUGGUGUUAAGUCCCCCAAAAGUGGGAUGGGACCAGUGAGGGGGGAACUUAAACUGGAUCUUAAACCUUCCCACUUAGCCCCACAACUUGGCAACCCAACAAAGAACCCUCCGUUUAGAUGGUCAAAUGUCUUUGCUAUGUCUUUUCUUUGCUAAGUGUCUCAACUACUGCGAUAGAUAUGAGUUGGUGUAAUUAUUGCUAAUUAUUCUGCUUUUAUAUGCAGCUGUGGGCAUGUGCAUGCACAGGAUCGUUGUUCAAUUUCUAGCCCCUAAGCAUGUGAGACGCCACCUUGGUAAUGGCAGGUUUAACAUCUUUAGCUUGAGGGGACUUUCAUUCUUAUCCUUCUAAUAUGGUUAUGUCGUGGUCUUGUACUGCUUUGAUGAAUGAUCUAUUGGGCUGCUUCCAAUGUUCUCUGCCUGCUAGAAUUAUAAUACUGCGCUUCAAAGGAGUCCCAACACAACAGCUGCACUAGCGGAAACUCCUUGCGCAACAGGUUAACACAAUCUAUUGUGCAGCAACGUUGCCAGCAGCCUGCACUGCGGUGUUCUGCUGGUGAUAAACAUUUCCCCAGUAGAGAAAGCACACCGCUAGACAGAGUUAACUUAGCGCUACCUUUUAUACAAGCUCUUGUAUUACCCUGCGACCUUUUCUUGAUUAAUACACUGUGUCCCGUUUACAGUUACAUACAGAUACAAAACUAGAUACCAUAUCUUCCUGUACACAGAGAAAUGUAAGGCUGUCAUCACGCAGCGCCCACUGUGUACUGCUGCAUCAGAAAAGCUGGAUUUGCUUUCAGUCAGGGUGGGGGAAGGAAGCCAAAGAGGAGGCAGGUGGGUUCCAUUCCCAUUCUAAGAGAACAAGGUAGAAGUUCGUGGUGAGCUCCAGCACCUCUUUUUCUAGGAAAAUAGCACUGUCUAUAUAUAUGUAUAACUUACUUCUUAACCUAUCUACCUAGAGAUGACCUGGGAAGUUCCUAACCCAUCACCUCUUUUCUCAUUCCAGGUCUUUGAACUGACGAGGGUUAUUCUGCAUUCCAUCACCCCAUCCCAUGGACAUUUCUUGGCCAUCUCCUCACCGUCAUGCAGGGUCAAUGUUGAUGGCACCCGAAAAAGGCUUGGCUGGGCUUAUCCUAUUGGUACGAGGACUUGUAGCAGAACCAGCAAUUUUUUGGGGGGGGUGUUAGUGGUGAGGGUGGGGUGUCCGGGGUGGGUUUGUUUUUGAAAUCCAAAAGCUCUUUUCCUAUCAUACCCAAUAUAUACACACACACAUAUAUGUAUCCUACACACCAACAACCCACCGACGACAAAGGACCGCUCCACGCCCAGAGACUGAGGAAGCUGUUUGUACAUUCAUGUCACGCAUAAAUGUAUUUAUGUUGUAAAGCUAUUUAUAUAUUGUUUAUAAAGAGAUAUUUAUAAAAAUUUUAUUUAUGUAACUAAAUGAAAAGGAGUCUAGCAUUGUAACUUCUUUUCCCCAUCCUAAAUAGUUGGAAAAUGUUGAAGGAAAAAAAAACCACCAUUCCAUGUACCAUUUGUAACCUGUCUUUCUUUUUACUCCUCGAAGAGUUGUUGGUUUUGGAAAAAGACCUCAGCUGCUGUAAAUAUAUUAGAAUUGGUAGCUGGUAACUAAGUAAGAUAUCCAGUUUUCUCAGAAGUGGUGUUGAUGGGAAGGGCUUUCGGUCAUGGAUGAUUUGGGGUACUCAUUUUGCUUUGGGCCUCGUCCCCGUCUGCAAUUUCUACGGGCAUGCAGAACAUAAAUGGCCCUCCAGAUGUGGUUGUACUCCGGUUCCCAUCAUGUUGGCUGGGACUGACAUGAGUUGCAGUCCAAGAGCAGUGAGAGAGUCACAUGUCCGAAAUGCCAGCUGCAGUGGGAGAUGCCAGGGGUACGAUCUGGGACCUCCUGUGUACAUGGCAGGAACCAACCUCAGCCAUACCUGUGGCAGGCAGGACGGUAUGUUGCUGCCUCUGCUGUGGACCACACGCAGGUGAGGAACCAAAAGCAGCUCUCAAUCCAUCAAUAAACAAUAUUUGAGAGCUGAAAAUUGCCCAAGGAGGUGCCGCUGCCCAUAAUGCUAUCUGCUAGGACGGGGUAGUCAACCUUUUUAUACCUACCGCCCACUAAUCCAUCUUUCUUGAUGGUAACAUUUCCUUACUGCCCACCAGAUGCCACAGAACCCCCUACCGCCCACCUAGAGUCCUGAGACGCCCACUAGUGGGCAGUAGGGACCAGGUUGACAACCCCUCUGCUAGGAGGUUAUUGCAGCACUUCAAAAUCCUGUGCUACAUGUUUUGUGGUGGGACAAAAAGAAAGGAGGUGGGCAGUUUUCAGGCUUGUCAAAUCUGUUUUGGGUUUCUUUACCAGAACUCCAGGAUUUCCUGACCAAGGUGCUAAGGACAGAUGUCAGAGAAUUGGUUUUAAUUGCACUCACAGUCCUGCCACACACAAAAAUCCCCCCCUGCUUUGCUUCCCCCUCCCCAUUUCACCAGUUGGGGGGAAGAGCCAAUUUGUGGGUUUUGAUGUUGUUAAAACAAUUCAGUCCGAAACUCUCGCCAGUCUCCGGCAAAUCACUCAAGAGAUCUCACGGGAGAAUAACCUGCCAAAGUGAGCCAAGGGGGUGGGAGAUGAUAAUUUGUCUUCUGGCCGUAAAACCUGCAGUAGGUCCUGACUUGCCCUCUGCCUACCCCUAGCACAUGGCAGAACUACAGUCUCCCAUUGUCCAACUUCUUCUGUACAUCUCUGCCUGGGCAGAUGAGGUUGUCAAGAGGGUUCUUCCUUCUCCUCUGUAUGAGAUCUGUGGUGUUGUGAAGACAGGAGAGGGCCUUUUUGGUGGUGGCCCCCUGUAUGUGGAACUCCCUCCCUCCACUGAGGCGCUUCUGGCACUACCUCUUCAUAACUUUAAGCGGCUGUUAAGACACAUCUUUUUUUCAGCAGGCAUUGGGAGAGACCUCGUUGCUCCUGUUAGCAAUUUGUUAAGUGUUUUUAAUGGAGCCUUUAAAAUCUUUUUGCCUGCUGCAAACUGCCCUGUGACUUGAGCAAAGUGGCAUAUAAAUUAUCUAAAUAAAACUUGGGCGGCUAGAUGAACAGAGAGGACAAGGCCUCCUGCACCUUUAACAGUUGCACAGAAGAGGAAAUUUCUGCAAGCCUUGCUUGCAGGAAAGUUAAAAGGUGCAUAAGCUCCCUCCUGCUUUGCCUGAGCUGCCAGACACUUUUCAUCUGCUGGAAGAAUCUCACCUGUUUCCAGCACUGGCCUCUGCAACAGGGGAUUCAGCUCUGCCCAUGUGAUCUGGCUGGGCUGGGGAGGAGGACAGAAGACAAGCUGCGAGGCGGUGCUGGCAUGUCCCUCUGUGAAAGCCGAGAAGGGGCAAUGAAACAGAGGGCGCCUGGCUCCUUAGCACAGCUGGGCUCUGUCGCAAGGCACCAAUGAAGCCACUGGCAGCAGUGUGGCAGAGAAGGCAGCCAGUUAACGGCAGCCGGCCGGCUGCAGCUCAGAGACCUCAAUCCUGCCUUCACCAGGAUUUCUGACGCCGUGCCUGGCUGCCUGCACAGGAUGAUGCGCAACAGGCACCUGCCAGGGACCAAAUUGCAGCCCGCUCGUCUCACACAGAUCCAGACACCCUGGUCUACUAG